AAAACUUGAAAAUAUAUGAUAUUCUGUAUUUUAAUUUAUAUCUGUUCUUAUUAUUACAGUCAGUGACCGAAUAAAACGUGAACAAUAUAAAGUUAUGAACUUUAACUUCUUUCUGAUUUUCCUCUGAACAAUCAAAAAUAAAGUGUGAUUCCAAAGUGUGACGGUUAGAUCAACAUAAACUACUAAUAUCCUGUUUAACUGCUAUAGAACCAUCAGAGCAGCAGAUUCUAAAGUCUGGUCCAGAUAAGGAGCUCUACAGUGAGGCUGACCGUCCAUCAUAGCUGUCUAACCUGGACGCUCACAUCUCUGGAACCGUUGGAGCUCAUUUUUAAUCAGGCUUCAUCUGGAUGAACUCACCACAGAUUUGAUGUUUUUAGAACGACUUUCUCACCUGAAAUCAUCUGAAUACUACAUUUUGUGUCACAAUCACAGUAGUAUUCCCAAAAUACUUGUGUUUCCUCUGAAAGUUUCCUCCUGGGUCUUUGCUGCUGGUCUAAAUGCAUUGUGGGUUAUUUGGCUCCAAGUCCACACUAGUCUGGUCUGAUGAUCCUCCAUAAUGUGGGCGGAGCCAGAACACAUCCAGGUAUUUCAUCUGUUCUUGAUCAGAUGCUACUUUGAACUGGAUCAGUACUUGGUCUCUGUCUGAUGACGUUUUAGAAGAACACCAGAACUCAAGUACAGACCAGUACGGUCUAGUCCUGAUUGAUGAGCCAAAACACCAGCAGAGCAUUCUGGGAUUUGUAGUAAUAACAGUACAUGUGCUCUAUAAUACCAGCUCUAGUAGUCAUCUGGUUUUGCAUCACGGUCCAAAUAUAAUUACAUUGCAGGCCAGAGUUUGACACCUAUGAUUUAGAGCAUUUUCUUCAUGGUAUAAACCUGACAUUGUGUUGCAGGAGACGCUGCUAUAGGAGAGGCUGUCAUUGGCUUUUUUCUCUCUACAUGCAUGGAAAAGCUGCAGUCAGGGUUUGUGUCUUGUGUCUGUGGCUUCCUCACAAAUGUUGACUUUAUUUUAGGUGACAGGAAAGAUUUUUGAACACCAUGUUUCUAUGAUGUGUUGAUGCAUCACUGUGCUAACAAUGCAGUCUGACAACUAUUCCCUCACAUUCACACCUAGAGGCAGUGAAGACUCACUAAUAUUAACCUGCAUGUUAUUGUGUUGUGGGAGGAAGCCUGUUGUUUAUUGUUUGUGUGUUUUUUAUGUCUUCAGCAGCACACUCCAGCAUUCCAAGGCUUUUUGAAGGAGAUCCUGAGCAUUUAGUCCCCUCAGCCUCUCACUUUGUUGUGGAAAGUGAUGUGUUCCUCAUGCAGGGAGAAUGUUAGGCCACUCCUUUCUUCACGUGUCUUCAGGACUCAGCAGCACACUAUGUUUGACCAACGGACAACAGGCAGGUCAGCGUUGCAAUUGUGGGACUGUACCAGUUGGUGGCGGUAAUGCACCAAGAGGUUGUUUGCUAACCGCUAUUAAAACUCAAAAGAAGUCUAAUCGCCGUAGAGUUCAUGGCUGCCGGUCAAAGUGAAACGCUAGUUGUAUGUGAUGAACUCAGGACGUUUCAGCAGUCGUGGGAGGAAGAAUUUGCGUUUGUGGAGAUGGUCCAGGCCUGCAGGAAGCUUGACGGUCUUGGUCAGGACCUGGUGGCCAUGUGUGUGAACGAUGUUCUCGCUCAGGCUGUCGAGCCGCUCUUCUUCCUCCGUGACUUUACCUGCAUCAGGCUGGACAUCGAUGUAGCCGCCUCAGUGGUCAGCGGCAUCGCAAAGGCCUGUGAGAAGGCUGGAUGUGCUCUGCUGGCUCUGCUUUCAGGGGAGGUUUUUCUGACUCCAACAAAGAUCAACAGUCGCCUGCUCCUGCUCAGGAUCCUGUGGAUCUGUCAAAGCCUUCGCUCACAUCACUGGUGGGGUGAUUCUGGAGAACAUCCCCCGGGUGAUGCCCCAGGAGCUGCCAGUGGAUUUAGGUGAGAUGAAAACACUUAAACAUAAAGAAAUCUGGAAAGGUGGCUUGGCAUUUGAAAAGUCUGUUCUUUAUUUAUAGCAGGACUCUUGCCUGUGUGGUGUAAAUCUAAAGCCAUCCUUCUUGUUGUA